CAGUCGUUCUUUGUCCGCUGGUCAGUUUGGUCGAUACUACAGAGAGGUCGUCGUACACUACCCCGUUUUGUGUCGUUCUCUUCGUUGUUCGCGAACGAAUCCAUUUUGUUAGCCAGUCGUAGCAGCAUGGCAAGGGUGCCGUUACAGCGCACCGUCUUGGUGUUCAUAUUUGCUCUUUUUACGUUAGGUGAAGUAAAUGGAUUGCGUAGUUUUUGGCGAGGGAAACGGUUUCAUCCGGAUGCACCGUCUCGCACCGUGACGAGGACGAAGGUUGACGGUGCAAGCGAGGCGCUAGUCGGUCAGCAGCUGCACAUUGAGGAAACGCCCGAUCAGUGGUUCGAACAAAUCCUCGACCACAAUGACCCCACCAACGAGGCCACCUGGCAGCAGCGAUAUUACGUUAAUGAUCAGUUCUUCGACUCGAGCAAUCCGCACUCGCCCGUGUUUCUAAUGAUUGGCGGCGAAGGUGAAGCGACCGCUCGGUGGAUGCACGAAGGUGCCUGGAUCCACUACGCGGAAACGCACGGUGCCCUCUGCUUUCAGCUUGAGCACCGAUUCUAUGGCAAGAGUCAUCCGACCACCGAUCUCUCCACCAAGAACCUGGCCUACCUUACGUCGGAGCAGGCGCUAGCCGAUCUGGCGUAUUUCAUCGAGGCGAUGAACGAAAAGUACCAACUACAGCCCCAAACGAACCUUUGGAUCGCCUUCGGUGGAUCUUAUCCGGGAUCGCUGGCCGCAUGGCUGCGCGAAAAGUAUCCCUCACUGGUCCAUGGUUCGAUCAGCUCUAGCGGACCGUUGCUGGCCAAGAUCGAUUUCAUCGAGUACUACGAUACCGUGGUGCGUUCACUGGCCAGCUACUCGCCCGGUUGCGUCGAAGCGGUUCGCAGUGCGAUGCAGCAGGCCGAAACCCUGCUGAAGCACAUGAUCGGUCAACGAACGUUGAACGAUAAGUUCAAGUUGUGCGAUCCGAUCGAACGAUCGAUCGACAAUCCGUUGGAUGUGGCCAGUCUAUUCGAGGGGCUCGCUAGUAACUUUGCCGGCGUGGUACAGUACAACAAGGACAACAGCCCACACGCGACGAUCACGAUCGACGAGGUGUGCGAUGUAAUGAUGAACACUACGAUCGGAGCGCCCGUGAGUCGGCUGGCUGAGGUAAAUCGCAUGCUGUUGGAACAGGGAAAUCAAAGCUGCCUUGACUACGUGUACGACAAGUCCGUCCGCCAGAUGCAAAACAUUUCCUGGGACUCAGAGGUAGCCAGUGGAGCCCGACAGUGGACGUUCCAGACGUGCAACGAGUUUGGAUUCUAUCAAACGUCGAACAAUGCCAGCGCAGUAUUUGGCGAUCGCUUCCCGGCCGAGUUCUUCGUGCGCCAGUGUGCGGACAUCUAUGGUGCAAGGUUCGGAGAGGCGGCCCUUGCUCGUGGUAUCUAUCGUACGAACGUAAACUACGGUGCCCUGAAUCCGGCCACAACCAAUGUGUUGUACGUGCACGGUUCAAUCGAUCCGUGGCAUCGUCUAGGGCUGACCGAGAGCAAUGAUUUACACACUCCGGUGAUCUUUAUCGACGGAACUGCACACUGUGCCAACAUGUACGAACCAAAGGAGAGCGACUUUCCGCAACUAAAACAGGCACGUCUCGAAAUCGAUACCUUUAUUACGAAUCUUCUUGCGAUAAAAGAUAAAUAGUUAAUAGCGUGUUCCGUACGAAUUUUGCAACCAACGUGUUCCAGCUAUAUGUUUUCUCAAAAAUAAAAUAAAGUUUAAAAGCCAUCCCCGGAGGACUAGAGGGAUGGCGUAACAUCACUCGGGUUUGCUGAUUACGGGC